UGUAAGUCCAGUCAUGGAUAACUUCCUGUUUUUCAACAACUCCCGGUCAGCAGCCUUAACUUCUGUGACUUAUUCCCUCAAAGGGACACCAUACCAAUGCUAAAACCACUAACAGGAUAAAGAUAUGAAGUUUAAGAGGCGAUCUCCGUGUAACCUGAAUUCCUUGGGAAAUUGUCCAGCCCUUUGUGUGCUGUUGGUGGUUGUGCUCCUGUUGUGUAACGACCCAUUUCUAAUUCUGUGGUGGCCUCAGAAACCUACAGAGAGAACUAAGAGUGGUGUUUUGCCUCUGGAUAUGGCCACGGAUUCCAUCGAUGACAUGUUUGAUGGCUGCCAAUAUGAAGCCGCCUCUUUGAUCGACCUGUUUGGUGUCUUUGAGUGGAAUUUUAAUAGAAACUUCAGCUCCGCCUGGGCUUUUGUUGAAAGACUAUCCAAGAAACCCGUGCACAAGCACCUGAAACAAGACCACGCCAUAGCAUUGGAUAUGUUCACACGGCUAGCACACAUCCGACAACAUUUUAACAAUGCAGUGAAAACACAAAAACACAUGUACACCACCGAUGGAUUCAAGUUUCACUAUUUUUACUUUUACCUGACUGAUGCCAUUCAGGUUCUGCGCAAAAACCGUACACUGUGUAGGACCACCUACCUCAGGACGUGGAAAGAGUUCGACAAAAAUGUCAUCAACGCAAAAAUGCGUUUUGGUGGUUUCAUCUGGACAUUUUCCAACAAGCAGACACUUGGAUUCAAUGGGAAUGUCUCCUGUUUUGAGAUCAGCACAUGCUUUGGAGCUGAUAUCACAUACUACUCCAGCACAAACCAGAUGGGACAGGUGCUCAUUCCUACCUAUGAAGUGUUCAAAAUAACAGAUGUUCUCACAAAUGACCCCUGGUGCAGUGUGGUCUACAAAGUGCAGAGCACCAAAAUACCAAGAACCGAUCAAAACUGCAAACUGAGUCAAAGACUAACAAAUGAAUUCUUUCCAGCUGGUUUGAUAGACUGGCAUACAGGCAGUGUGUUUAUGUCUGCCUGUGCGAUCAUGAUGAUAAUAAGUUCUUUAAUUCUUGUAAAACGAAAGGAGAAAUGCUUUGUGAUUGCUGUGCUUGGUUCCCUGCUUUUACUGAUGAUUUCUGCGUCAUUACUGAGCUUUAAAAGAUUGAUUGUGUGCUGGUGUAAAAUGGCAAACCUGGCAGUUUGGCUUCUUGUUCUUAUGUUUGGAGCUUCCAUUGGAACUAUUGAGAGCUUUUUUCCCUUGGACAUGGCUCUGACCUCCGUUGAUGACAUGUACGCUGGUUGUAAAGACAAGAUGGAGAAAAAAGUGAAGACUGAGUUUCUGCUGAAUGAGAAAAACAAGGAAGCAAAUUUCACUCUGGCUUGGAAUGAUGCCGAGAAGUAUUACAACAAGAAAUGGAAUCGCAGGCAUGGAAAGAAACCGUCUGGUACCCUGCAGAAAGAACACAUCAUGGCCAUUUAUGUUUAUACUCUUGACAAACCAGAAAUCUACCGAGAAUUCAAUAAAGCAGUGCGCACGCAAAGGUUUAAAUACAAGACAACGUUCAAAUAUCACACGCUGCACUUUUUCCUCACAGAUGCCCUACAGGCACUAAACUCACACAAACCUCAAGAAAAAAGAUGCAUUACUGGUUUCCGCAGAGUCAACGGCUACUUCAGGGGAGGGGCUCUCAACAAGCAGAUUCGCUUUGGGUCUUUUGCCUCCAGCUCAAUGGGCUGGUACCCUCGUCCUGAAAAAUUUGGAGAAAAAACAUGCUUUGAGAUUUACACGUGCUUUGGAGUAGAUAUCUCCCUUUACUCUAAGCUAGGAGAGUCAGAAAGAGAGGUCCUGAUUCCUCCUUAUGAGGUCUUUACAAUCACAAAAAUAGAAAAGAGGUCUGAGAAGAAAAACCUUCCAUGUGAGUUUGUUUAUUCAUUGAAGAGCACAGGGAAAGCUCUUUCCCAUUUAAAUUGUUCUCUGUUCUAAAAUAGUGGAACUUCAACGUCUUUCAUUACAUUUCUGAUGAAUCUGGAUGAGAAUUUUAAACUGGACAUGGCAUGUUAUUGACUACUCCCUAGAAAUAUACAAAAGUAAAAAGAAAUGUUUGCCGUAGUGAUUUAUCAUUUUAAUAUAUACAACUGACUUUAGUGUUUUUUCUGUUUUUCUUUUAUGUACUAUUAUUGAAGUUUACACCAUUUGGUAAAUGAAUUUAAAAUCUGUUAUUUCACCUUUCAGAUCGGUUAGUUAUAUUCUAAGAAAGGGUGUGACUGGUCUGGGUAAAUAUGUGAAACAGCGGGCGUUGUAAAGGUACACUGCCAAUAAAAUGGUCUUUUGUGCUUCACAGUGACUUGGUAUUUUUUGUUGAUUGUUACCUGUGAAAUAAGGUGAAUAAAAUGUGAAGGAUAGCUGUGUUUGAGUAUCUAU